AUGUCUGAUCAAGAUUUGCUGCGCUACUACAAAGUGCUCAAACAGUUUCUUGAUAUUUCAGAUGAUACCAGUUCGUCUCGGUCCAAGUCAAACUCUUCAAGAGCACAGAGAGCCAGAGAAAAACUUUUGAAGUUGUCAUCAGCCCAAUUCAAAGAAUUGAGUACUGAUGUUUACGACGAGUUGAAACGUCGAAUCGAUGAAAGUCGGUCUGAACCCGAUUUUUUGCUUCCGAAGCUGACAUUCCACCCGAAAAGAAACCAAGCUAGACAAAAAUUAUCUUCCUUGCCUCAGUCGAGAUUCAAAGAUCUUGUUUCUGACAUUAGUUUUGAGAUUGAACGCAGAAACUUGCAUCUCAGUAAUUCAUCUAUAAAGACCGAUGCAAACAAUGCAGGCAACACCCACCAUCAAUGGUCGUCCCAAGACCAGUCUGCUAACGAAAAACACGAACUUCAUGAAUCAAACGGGUCGGAACCAGCUGCGCACUCUUCUUUUCAAUCACAUCAACAUGAAAGAGGUCCUUCUAAUGCUAGUGCGAAAAAUACGGCUCCUCUGCAUGAUUUAAAUAAUGAAGUAUUACAAAAUGACCUCUCAACCCCAGAAAUAGGUGCUCAGGAUCCAAAACUAGCCAUAGGGGUCCAACCAACGACAGUUGUUCCUACAAAAGCGAAUUUGGCUUGGUCGAGUGACGAAGAAGGUGAAGAUGAUAUAAAACAAGACUUGCAUGGCGAGACCAUAGAAAAGACUAAUUCUAGUCAUACUAAGGAUGUGGAAUUGAAUCACGAUAACGAAGAGGAGAGCAUAACAGCAAGAAGGAUAUCUUUGCCCAGUGGGUUUAACCAAACGAAGAAGGUUACUGACCCUGCGGCUUCUGCGAGCUUUUCGUCUCAAGCCUCACCAGAGAACCUUAUGGAUUCCGUGAACAGGGAUGAACAUCAAGCAACUCAAGCAAACUCUGAUUUACAAGCAAAGCUAUUGGCUUUGGAAAAACGCAAUAUCGAUCUUGAAAAGGGAUUAAGCGACUUACAAGGUGCUCACAGUAAGUUAUUAGAGAAGCAUGAGUCUGUGACUUCUACGAAUAGAAAUCUUGAAACCCUGCUUGCACAUUUACAAGAUAACAGAGACCAAUCAGUCCCUCAGAAUGUUAUAGAAGAGCUUGAUAUGUUGAAGGCUGCAAAUGCUGCAUUGCGGUUAGAAAACGUCGCCUUAAAAAAUUCACAACCUAAAACACCCAAAACUCCACUUUCUGAGUCCAAUAUGGAACAACGAGGAUUUGAUCAAAGCCCCAGCAAUAAUAUUGCCAUAUCUACUCAACCCGUUGACUUAAGAGUGGAAUUACAAAAGCUACUUGAAAAGUUAGACACGAGGCCCUCGGAACCAGCAAACAAAUCCAAAUGUGAACAAUUAGAAUCAGAAGUUAUCCAGUGGCAGAAGAGAUACGAAGAGGUGCAAGCAGGAAGAAUUACAAGUGCUUUUCAACACCCUCUUCAAAACUCAAAGGAUAUCAAAAGAUAUGUUUCUUCUACAGGUGUUGUUCCUUUAAGCACGGCGAGUAAUUUCUUUGCUCUAAUCGAGUCAUUCGUCCUUCUUCUCAACAGUGACAACUUCGACAAUGACAUGCUAUUUGAGAAGGCUUCCAGAAUCGCGUUGACUGCAAAUUCAAUUGCCUCUCAAGGUAAAGAGAGGAUGUCGAGUACCAGUGUACACUCUGAGUUUGUUCGUGAGGCUGCAGGCCAUGCUUUAACCGCAACAAGAUAUUUUGCUUCCUAUCGCCAACUUCUUCCGAAAAUUGUUGUUGAGAGGGCGGCUGCCGAAGUUGCCUUUGCAGUCUGUGAUUUUAUUGCUACUUCCAAGUUGACCGAUGGGAACGUUACCGAACCCGAUAGUACACCCCAUGUAUCUCCAUUGAAGGAAUCCAAACAAGCUAAUAUGAUGGAGUUACCUUCUGUUAGACCUUUAAAGAUUGCAAACAAGCUACAAUCCUCUUAUGCGAUGGAUAACUCAAAAGACUCAAAGUCAGUCUUAGGGGCUCCCGUGCCAAAUUUGGAGAUCAAUGCCCAGAAGGCUAACGAUUCUGUUCCAAAACCCGUGGCAGUACAAAUUUCGAACCCACUGGAAGAAAAUUCGCAUAUUCCUAAACAGCAUCUAGAGAAAUCAACAGACGGAAAUGCUUCAAACCGUCAAGACCAUAACGAUGAACGAGAGCGGAACAUGAGUAUGGAUGAGGCGAAUCUUUCGGGUAUCUCAACAAGUACGAUUGAGACAGAUGCCAGAAUCCCUGAGUCGAAGGAGAAUUAUAUCAAUGGUGAGGUAACAAAAGCACCUGCAUCAUCGUCUUCGGAAGGCGCUGUCAGAAAGGCCUCUUUAUUUGAAAGGCUUCAAAAUUCAAAGUUAUUGCAGCGCGAAACUCCGGAAAGCAACGGAGCAGGUAUAAACUCAGGCGUUACUCACCUGGUAACACAAACAGAUUCUCAAAAGUCGCCCUCAACGCCCAAAAAGUCUAUAAUUUUGGAGAAGGUGAAACAAUUUGAGAGCCCUGAGAACUCAAGUAUCAAAUCAAGUCCGACGACUCCACCGUCAGUGUCAGUUUUCUCAGCCACUCCCAAUCUUUCAAACGGACACUCAAAUACACAAGAAGUGUCUUCCGAAGAGAAGGGCACUGCUGAAUCUUCUACAGCAACAGGAGCUCCUGCAAGAGGAAAGAGUAUAUUUCAAAGCUUAAGGGAGAAGUUUGCCCAUGAAAAGGCCAAGACUGAAGAGAAGGGUAUGGGUGAUGACUCUGUUAAUACUACCAACAACGAUGACAAGCUGAUGAAUGAAGAAGCUAAUUCUGAAUCGAUGAGCUUGUUCCAUAAGGAUAAGAGUGAAGCAAUGAAAGUAAAUUCUGCUGAGAACUCUUUUCAAGAAUCGGCUCCAGAUAUGAAGAAAGAUGCAGCUGAAACCGAAAAACAAAAGGCUAAAGUACCGGAGACGGAAAAAAUUGAUGAAGUUUCAGCAAUUGUACUGCCUAGUCAAAUGCCAGGGGCGUUCGAACCCGAGCUUACAACCGUGGUCACAACAGAAGCACCGUUAACGGGAAGUAUGGAAAAGCGGUUAGAAUCUGCAGAUGAGACUCCCGAGGAAGAUAACGAGGAAGCUAGGAAGGAGGAAGAUAACGAGGAUGAAGAAGCUCCGCGUACCCCAACAAAAAAAUCAGAAGUGUCUCCUAUGAAGAACCAUCAGACCAGUGUUUCUGGAUCACCAGCUUCAAAACGCUCAAUUCAAUCACCGGGCGCAAAAUCCCCAGGCAGCGGCAGAGGCUUUCCUGUAGAGGCACCAUCUUUCAAAGUUAAGAGGGUAAAUUACGCAGAGAGUCCGACUAAAGAUAACAAAAGUUUCAAGAGUGAGAGUGAAUACGAUGACAAUGACGAGAGCGAGGAAGAGAGCGAGGACGAGGAAGAAGAAGGUGCUAGACAACGCAGAGAAUACAGGAAAUCUAUGGCUGCUGCUACUUUUAAUUUUGAAUUAUUUGAUAUUGAUGACCCUGAUAACACUUUGACACAGGUUUUGUUGUAUUUGGAGCAUCAAACGGUUCAAGUCAUCACAACAAUUCAGGACUUGUUGUCUGCAAUCAAAAGACCUGAUUCCACUAGAGGUGAUUUGCGCGAGAACUCGAUGGCUAUAUCCGAAGUAAUUAGACAGAUGACAGAGGCUACCAACACUUCGAUGAACCAGACGAGAAAUCAUCAAUUGAAAGAACACGGAAGCUGGGUCGUUAAAAGUUUGGAAGAUUGCAACCAUCGUAUGAAUACCCUUUGCAGAUCAAAUACCGAUAGAAACGAUCUGGACUUUGCUGACAAGAAUUUCAAGCAAAGACUCGCGGGAAUCUCUUUUGAUAUUGCAAAAUGCACCAAGGAAUUGGUGAAAACCGUUGAAGAAGCGAGCUUGAAGGAAGAUAUUGCACAUUUAGAUGCAAGGCUCAACCAGGAAGACUUGACGUAA